UAAUGGGCUCUUUUCUUGUAGUGAUGGGGUCAAAGUAACCAAACCUAAUAACAUUCCCUCCAUUAGACUAUAACAAUACAUUAUUACAUUACAUAACCAUUAACCCUCACCAUAUAGUAAAAGAACCAACAUUACAUAAAAACAAAGGUCCACAAUGACAACUCAACACAAUAAAGAGAAAAACAGAGGAAGAAGAGAGAGAAAAUCAAAAGAAUAAAAAGACUCAUCAACCAUUCCUUAACCUCAUUAUUCUUCCUCUUUCCCUUUCUUCUAUAUCAACCCAACUCAACUCCUUAGAUAAUACUUCUUCUUCCUCCCUCUCUUUCUCUCUCUACUUUCUCUCUCCACCAUGAAAAAACUCUACCGCAAAGGUCAAGUCCACCCUUCUCCUUCACCAUCUUCUGAUCAAUUUUCUCUCUCUUAUCUUCCUGCUGCAAUCCUAACACUUGCUGCUACUCUCUCUCCUCAAGACAAAGAAGUCUUAGCUUAUCUUCUUUCUUGUUCUUGUUCUUCUUCUUCUUCUUCUACCCCUUUUGAUUUUGACCCUUCUAAAUCCUCUGUUAAAAAACAGAGUAAUUUUAACACUAAUAAUAAUCUUCAGCACCACCCUCCUUAUUCCAGCUGUUAUUGCUUCACCUGCUAUACUAGCUACUGGGCUCGAUGGGAUUCUUCCCCGAAUCGGCAACUUAUUCAUGAGAUUAUCGACGCUUUCGAAGAUAAUUUGGUGGCGCAAAGGAAGAAGAAGAAACAGGGGUCAACCCGGAAAGAAAAGAGGAAGAACAGUAAAACAAACUUCGAUCCUAAUAAUAAUAAUAAUCAGGUUUCUGAUAAGAUUAAGGUUAAUGAUGAUGCCAAUCCUAAUGGGUCAGAUGGGUCGGGCCGAGUUGGGCCUGAGUUGGGCCGGGUUGAAGAACAAGGAGGUGAAGAAGAAGAUGAUGAUGAGAAGAUGGUAUGUGAUGAAAUGAAACAGGGGUCUGUAAGGAAGAUUGUCAGUUUUAUUGGUGAAAGAAUUUGGGGAAGUGUUUGGGGUUGAGAAAUAUUGAUUAAUAAAAAAUUUAAGGUGGGUUUUAAUUUUUGCUAAUUUUAUGUGAAAUAUAAAUCUGCUAAAUCAAAUUUUUUUUUUUUUAUUUUUAGAUGCUCUAUUUUAAAGUUUCAAUCUUGUAUGAUAUACUUCUCCCUGCUCUUUUUUUUGUACUACUAUGUAAAAAAUAUAUAUAUGUGGGCAGUUUUGAUAAUAUUCUCAUAUGAGAUUAGGGUUUUUUAAUUUUUUUCUUCAACAAAAGAAAAAAAAAAGAGGGUAGAAUAUGUACUUCUAUGUGUAAAAAUUAUGUAAUCCAAUCAUGAAUACUAUUUUAGGUUGGAAAUAAAUUAAUUUUUCUUCCUCAUUUAUGGGGGGUUGCUA